AUACUUGACAGAGUGACAGUGCUGCGCAGAAAGGGGAGUUGUUUAGGGAAAGCGUGCCGAGUCACAUUAAUAAUUCGCCUUUUUUUCUUGUAUAUUUUAAUUACUUAAUUUAAUAAAUAAAUACAUGACGAUUUGAUCAUGCCGGGGAUGAUGGAAAAGGGUCCAGAAUAUCUGGGAAAAGGACGAUCAAAUGGGACAAAAAGCCCUUCCAACGCUUCUAAUGGACAUUUUUCCGAGGAGAGUGGCAGCGACGAGGAACACGAUGUGGGAAUGCGCGUGGGAUCGGAAUAUCAAGCGACUAUCCCUGAAUAUGAUCCCGGUGCUACAAAAUACAGUGAUAAAGAAAGUGGGGGGAUGUUGGUGUGGUCUCCAUUUCACACUAUUGCUGAUGCUAAAUUGGAUGAGUACAUUGCGAUUGCAAAAGAAAAGCAUGGCUAUAAUGUAGAGCAGGCUUUGGGUAUGUUGUUUUGGCACAAACACAACAUUGAAAAAUCACUUGCAGACCUUCCAAACUUCACCCCUUUUCCAGAUGAGUGGACGGUAGAGGAUAAAGUGUUGUUUGAACAAGCUUUUAGCUUUCAUGGGAAAAGCUUCCACAGAAUUCAACAGAUGUUACCAGAUAAGUCAAUUUCAAGUUUAGUGAAAUAUUAUUAUUCAUGGAAAAAGACAAGAUCCAGGACAAGUCUAAUGGACCGACAGGCAAGGAAACUGGCGAAUCGUAGUACUCAUGAAGAAAGUGAUGAAGAAAUGGAAGAAGCAAACCCGAAUGAAGCCAAUGACAGUGAUUACGAUCCAAGUAAAGAAACUAAAAAGGAGACUCAUUCUGAGCAACCUGUCCAGACUAGUAAGAUUGGGUUAGGAAGACGAGAAUACCAGAACCUACAGCAUCGCCACCAUUCACAGCGCUCUAAAUGUCGCCCUCCUAAAGGCAUGUACCUUACUCAAGAGGAUGUGGUGGCCAUUUCCUGUAGUCCAGGUGCUGCAAACACAAUUCUUAGACAACUGGACAUGGAGCUGGUUUCAUUAAAACGACAGGUCCAAAAUGCUAAGCAAGUAAACAGUGGUCUGAAACAGAAGAUGGAAGCAGGUAUAGAUGACUACAGACUGCCUGAGUGUAACCAGAAAAUAAAUGCCCGAUGGACUACUGAUGAACAGCUUCUUGCAGUUCAAGGUGUCCGAAAAUAUGGGAAAGACUUCCAGGCUAUUGCUGAUGUUAUCGGUAAUAAGACCGUAGGUCAGGUAAAAAACUUCUUUGUGAACUAUCGUCGCCGAUUUAACUUGGAGGAGGUGCUGCAGGAGUGGGAGGCAGAACAGGGAACUCAGGCCCCCAACGGUGAAACUGCUACCUCAGGGGAGGAUGGGAAGAAUGCUUCCAACACCCCAUCAGGGAAAAGUACCGACGAAGAGGAAGAGGAGGCUCCUGUAAGCACAGCUUCUGGACCAUCACCACCAGCUCAGACGUCUUCUGCUGCUCAAACAUCUCUAACUCCUUCAUCUUUAAUAAACCAGCCCCCCCCACUUCUACGGCCUUCCCUUCCGGCAGCACCAGCUCUCCAUCGGCAGCCUCCUCCACUUCAACAACAGGCACGGUUCUUGCAGCCAAGACCCACUCUAAACCAACCACCUCCACCAUUGAUACGUCCUGCCAAUUCAAUGCCCCCACGUCUGAAUCCAAGGCCAGUUAUUCCAAUAGUUGGCGGUGGACAGCAGCCUCCCACGUUGAUCGGAAUUCAGGCUGAUGCACAGUCUUCCUCCCUGCACUAAAUAAGCUGCAAUUUAAACUCUAAAGAAAAUGGAAAAAAGAACUUUUGCACAUUGUGAGAAAGCUAACUUAUCAGUUUGCAUUAUGUUUGGUGCAUAUUUUAACAGUUAAAGAAAGUGAUUUUUUAUUAUUUUUGAGGGCCCAUGUUUGGUGGAAUAGAAUAUUUUUCUUUCUGUACAAAGCAAAAUAUGUCAAAACUGCAUAUAAAAACUGUAUAUACAAGACAAAUAACAGACAUGACGGAAACAUGUUUGAAGUGAAACAGUUUUCAAUCUGGCCAAUACAUAUUGAUGACAUCUUAUUUUAAAUGAAAGGAUAAGUAUCUGUUACAUGUGUAUUUACAGAUUUAGCCAAAGUUACCUGCUUAACUACCAAAAGCAUUUCUUUUUUAAUUUUUCAGAGUUUGUUUUUUGUUGCACCACUCAGAAACCUGUUAUACGGAGACACUAAAAAUUGUUUCAUUGACUACUAUGAAGUAUUGGAACAGUCUUGUUCAUCUGGAGUGCAUUACUUUUGUAUGGAAAGGAAUUACCAUUUAUUUUUUUUUCUGUGGGCAUUUGGUAGUUCCAAGCAUAUGUGCUAAAUUUCUUUUAAAAUGGCUCAGUUAAUUAUUGUAUUAAAAGUGUUAUUUUUCUUUGUUACAGAACUAAUCAUUAUCAGUCAUGUGUAUAUAAGCAUUUAUUUAUUUUUCUAUUUGGUGCUAUUAACUUGAGUAUUUUUGCAGAUGUGCAGAAUAUUUAUUGCUGUAAAAGUGCACUUAAGUCCACAGACGUGAUGAAAACAUAUGGAAAGAACUUAAGUUGCUAUUGUUAAAGAGAAGUAACAAUAAUGAAGUAUUGUUUGAUUAGCUCUCCAAAUGUUGACAUAGUAAACAAAUUAUAAAGUAGAUUGAUACUGUGGAUUAUAAAAUGUUAAGUCAAAAUCAUUUUGAAAUUAGAUUAAAAGGGAGCAAAACAUGUAUUAAAAAAUAACCGUUAUUUUUAAAAGGUGUGUGAAAGUGGGGUUCCUUAACAUUCCCCAUCUUACAGUAGUGUAUGUUUCCAUGUGUUAUUUUUUAGAAACCAAGCUAAAUGGAAGCUGCAAGUGCAUUAAUACUGUAUGUAGAAUCAGGUCUUGUCUGUGUCUCACUGUCAAUGUUCAAAGUUUCUCUGCAUUGGAUAGAUUGGCACGUAUUUUCAUUACUGGUAGUUUAAGAUAAAGAUUCAUUACUGGUAGUUGAUAAAGGUGCAUUGGACUAGGGGUUUGCAUUUAAAACUAUGUGUUUUAUUAAUUUAUUAUCAUUAUUUUUGUAAUGCUACAGCUAGAGGGUUUUCUAGAAGGUAUAUAACAAAGUAGUAAAAGUAAAGCUAAAAGAACAAAUGCUUCAGAGAGCACCUGUCACUGCUGUUUAUCGUAGUUCUGGGGUCAAGAGUCUUUUGUUUUGAGACAUUUCCCAUGUUAGUUUUACCUGCUGUGAUCUGUAUUAAAAGAAUAUGAAAUGGCAGUGACUGCUUUAGUGGUAUGAUUAGAUUUUAAUAAAAAAGCAUGAAACCUGCUGAUUAUUUCAGUAUGUGAUCUGUUGAAAACGUGUAAUAACUGCUUGCUUUUAUCGGGCAGUAGAGAGAAUUUUGUGUUCCCUGUGGCCUUAAAGUGUGUUUACAUCAUUUGGUUAUGGUAUCUGUGAACCUAAGCAAUCUGUUGUAGUCCUUUUUAAAAUACUAUGUAGCAGUUCUCACUUGAAAUGCCAGUAAUUAAACAUGUCU